AUGUCGUCCGACAACAUCGGGUGCAACAUAAACCUGAGCAUCCACAAGAUAUUCAGCUCGAGGUACAGCGCCCCCACCAAAGUAAGCGACGACUGCAAACCGGUGGCGAAAAAAAGGAGGUGCACCAUCUCAGUUGCCAAUGAACCAAACGCACACCAAAGGAACCACAUAGAUUACCUUAACUACAACUUUAACAAUGCUUUCACCAAGCGAAGGAAGUAUUCCUCUCCUUACUCUCUGUCCAACCAAAACAAAAAGUUCACCCCACUUAAGUGCAGAACGCAACUCAGAAGCAGCGUCGAUGAGAGCAUUAAGAAGAGUGCCGCCGUCCGAUCCAUAGUGAACAAAACGAUGAAAAGGGACAAAUCCAAAAUAUAUGAACACAAUGAAAAAAACUACCUAAAGAUGAGUAAGGCAUACUACCUUAACAGGCUGGACGGACGAGGCAGCACUGCGGGGUUAGCUCAUCCGGGACAGGUAACAGAAUCAAACCAUUCACUGCAGAAUCAGAACCUACAGAUGACAGACCAUAGAAGGAAUCUAAACGAAACGUAUAUCUUGAGUAGCACCACCCAGAGUGAACACUCAAAAGGAUACCUUAUUAACACAAAUGUAGAUAGCCAAAAUGUAAGUAGUCAAAAUGUAGCUACCCAAAGUGUAAGUAGCCAAAAUGUAAGUAGCCAAAAUGCAGAUAGCCAGAAUACAUUCAGAGACACCCUCCCCUUGUAUGUGAACUCUCAGUCGACAAUUUCUAGCUUCAACUUAGAACGUGAAUUGGAGAAUAAGUUAUACUUAGAAGGAGUUGCACCGACAGGCAAUGCCAAAAAAGGUGCACUACGUAUUUCCACGGACGCGGAGGUCAGAAAAAAAAUAGACCUAUAUAAGGCGAAUGUCCCUGGGACAGAUAACGGGACACGCCGUCGUCCCCAUCCCGUGGAGAAGGAUGACGAAGAAAGAAAAAAAAUAAUCGACAGUCACCCACUAAAGAGAAGACACACCACGCAGUUUCUAAGGGAGCAAGACAGAUACAAUUACUCCGACUCCAAUUACUUAAAUAAAUAUAUGGAUGGAGAAAAGAAUCACAAGACAAGCACGCGCAGACACAGUGAUGCCAUCAGGUGCAAGUCUCUUAAUGAACUCUACUACAGUGACGUCACAAAUGAACCAAGCGUCUACUCCUUUAGGAGCGAAGCGCCCCCACCAAGUUACAACAGUAGUCGAUGUCUGGAGACCUCACGAAAUUCCCGGCAGAAGGACUGCUGCUCUGAGAAGAACUCCGACAACCCCCUCUUCCACACUUGCUUCUUUAAGAACGCGGAGCAGUUUGAAAAUGGAGAUAUAAAGCGAAAGGAAAACGUGGAGCCGAUGAAGCCGAACGAAGAAGACGACUCAGUGCUGAAGAACGAUGCCGAGUACCUCUUCAGCAGAGCUUUCUUCCAGGAUAUUUACUCCAACAUACAGCGGAAGGGAGAGUUAAACUUCAUUGACGAAUUGCUAGAAGCGGACGACGAAUAUUACAUUAGCAAAAGUAAGCUAAACAAAAUCAUCGAGAAUGCGAAGAACAAGGAGAUGAAGUAUCACUACAUCGAUCGCAUGUUCCUGUAUAGACAUGCAAAAAAUGUAAUUGACGACGCGGAUUAUGAGACAUACAGGAAUAAGUGUAGAACCCAACACAAGUACUUAGAUGUACCUUUUCCUAAUCUUACCGAAUUAAUGAACCUCAAGACGGUUGGCAUUUUUGAUGAGGUAGACGACACCGAUGAGUACUACCAUGCGGAGGUGAAGCUCCUCGAGAGGUAUUACUACACGUCGGAGGGCCUUCCACAGGAGGAGGGGGACCUUCCACAGGAAUACAGAAAUAAAAUGGCCAGGCCUAUUCCUAUGGCUAUGCCUAUGUCUGUGGUAAUGAGCAGAGGUCAGGAGGAAACCAAUGGAGAGGCAGUUCAAGACGGGGAGGAAGGCAACGAGGAAGAUGCUACCGGAAAAGAGACAGCACUACGAGGGGAACCACCAUUAAAAAAGAACCAACGUGGUGGAGACAACCCGAGCGAACACGCCAACGCACUUCAACACAGCAACGUACUCCAACACAGCAUCGUACUUCAACAGAACGAUCAAUCUGAUCAGAAAAAUCAACCUGAAGAAAGACUCGUCCUGUCAACUCGAAAUGCACCCUUUACCGAUGGCGAAUAUAAUGAGGACGUUUCCGACAGGGAGAAAAGAGACAAAUUAAUUUGCCUGAUGAAUAAAAUGAAGAGGGAAAAGGAUUCCUUCUUUGAAAGGAUCUUAGAUGCACCUGACUUCUCGAAGAUUCUAGAACCCGUUUUCUCUCUGAACGAAAGCUUCCUCCUGUCGCACCAGCUAUUUAACGUGCAGUAUGCAGCCCAACUAGGACCCGUCGUCUACCUCAUCAAAACGGAGGACGAACAUUAUCUCUACAGAGCGAUAGAAGUGAGUAGACUCUUCGAAGAAAAGGUAAAAUCCAUCCUAGACAAUCAGAAGCUCAAUGUUAAUGGCAACUCGAAGGAUAGAAAUGAUUACUAUGACGGCUUCUCCAAUGAGAAGUUCCCCUUUCUCCACGAGCUCGACGUGAAGUACUACCUACGCAUCCCCAUGAGCACGGGGUGGAACCACUUUGGCUACCUGAAGAACCAAAACAAUGUGCUCUUCUUCCGCAGACCUAAGAAUACUUAG